AUGGCGGACAUUUUCUACUUCAGCAGUCCGCGAAAGCCCUCUCCGCUUGCAAAGUGCCGGCCUACGUUCACGAGCAGGCCCAAAGUCAGGAGGCGACGUGCUGUAGACGAGAACAUGUUCACUACCCAGACAGCAUGCGUCGCUCGGCAUUCGGAGCCCAUCUUCUGUCCUAAUGCGGGCCUGCCUUUGUCCUUGCCCGGAGCUGCACUAGAUCGACAUCCUUUACCCAUACACUACAACGUACAUUACGACUACAUCUACGACGACGACGAUGAUGAGCACGAGGGCGGUGUUGCCCUCAGCACGAACCACGACAACGAAUUACCGACUGACGAACCCAAUGAAAUCCUUAUGACUGAUACCCCUGUACACAACACCAGCGAUGCAUAUAUCGCCUCCAAUACACUACCUUUACUGGACCGCUUUGACUCGCGGCAUGAUGCACGAGCAGUACAUUCAACAGAGCAUGAUCUACGCAGGAGAGAUCAUCCGCGACCAGAAACGAGCGAGAUCAGGGAGGAGGAAGACGGCCGAAGGUUGCGAUUGCCGCUCCAAGGACGACCGUCUGAUGGACGACUUCACGACAGAAUGAACGUAGUAGUGCGGCCUGCUGCGAUCUCAAGCUCAGAUUUACAUGGCCGGGGCUCUGUGGCAUCAUCGCGACCUCCCUCUUCCCGCGCCACACCCAACACUCUAUCUACGAACAGCUCACGGACUGUGUCGCGGCGCACAUCCUACCAGAAUGUAUCAUCACAUGUACAAACGAUGCCGGCACGUGAAGCAGAUGCUAGCAGCAUUCAAUACUCCAACGCCAAUCAAAUGACUCCAACGCACGCUUACGAAGAUGAAAUGGAACUUGAUGACGAUGCAAUGCCAGUAGACGACCCUCGACGUAAUUACGACUUUGCCGAUUUCAUGGACAGCUGGAGGCUGCGAUCGAUGCAUGACAAGCGGCUUCCGAAGUUCGAGCCAGGACUGCAGUCAUCGAUACGGAUCGGCAGGUCAGAUCACCCCGUUACGCGGAAACAAGUUCGAUCACAAGAGGUGGACAUGCAAGGUCUGCGCUGGAAGCUGAUCGGUCCCUCUCGCUGCGAUGCCAACACCGCUCGAGAUAUGCUUCACCCCUCACGAUCCACGUCGUCCUAUAUGACCCAUUCACAACCUCACCCGCUGGCAGAAGAAGAGCGUCUCUUCAGCUUCCGGUCAUUUCUCCCUGGACGCAGAGCGAGAUUCAACCACUACCAGCUUCGCAAUGUGCUGACAGCUUGCAACCGUAAUACCCUGCUCUAUGCGGCCGGUAACGAGGUGAAGCAAGCAUCCUUGUCAUGUCCUUCCACCGAUGAGACCGUCAUGGACCUCUCAAGUCCUGCGAACUGCGCUGCAGGUUUUAGAAUCACAUGUCUCUCUGCCACCGAAACCUUAACAUCCAGCCAUAGCACCAGCAGUCCAGUCCUUCUAGCCGGUGGCUUCUACGGCGAAUACGCCGUCCUCAAUCUGUCCAGUCCCUCCAACACCCCCUCCGAAGGCUACGUGACCCACGCCUACAACGGCCUCGUAACCCACAUCCACGACUACCCGGCCCGCCGCUCCGGCCUCACCCAAGCAGUCUUCUGCUCCAACGACUGCAAAGUCCGCAUAAUGGACGUACGCCGGCUGCAAUUCACCAACACCUUCUCAUACGAACACGCCAUCAACUGCGCAGCCACAUCCCCCGACCGCCGACUCCGCGUGUUAGUAGGUGACAGCCAAGAAACUCUCAUCACAGACGCCGAGCGAGGCACCACGCUCGUCACGCUCAAAGAGCACACCGAUCACGCUUUCGCAUGCGACUGGUCACCCUGUGGACGUUACGUCGCUACAGGAGCGCAGGAUGGGACAGUCCUCGUCUGGGACGCGCGGAAUUGGGCGAAGCCUUUGAACAAUCUCCCCAGCGCCAUGACUUGCGCUCGAUCCCUCACUUUCACCGACGAUGGCGCUCUCAUUGCCGCGGAGAACGAUGAUGUUGUUAGAAUUUACGACAAGAGUGGUGGUGGGUCUGGAUCGUAUAAUGCGUGGCAGGAGAUUCGAUUCUUUGGGUCUGUAGCGGGCGUGGCGGUGUUGGAGGGUGGGGAGGAAGUUGUGGUUUCUAAUGCGGACAGGACGGCCGGUGGGUUGCUUACGUUUGAGAGGACGCCGAAGGGGAGGGGGGAGGGAGGGACGUAUGGGAGGCGGUUGAAGGGUGGAAGUCAGAGUUGGCGGUGUGGGAGGGAGGUGGGAGGGGCGGAGGAUGUUGUUGACGAGUUGCACUUUUAG